UUUGUUUUUAUAAAUCCCCACAUUCCACUAGAUUUUGACGGAGGCCCCACAAUCUGAAACUUUGGAAUUACAUUUGUAUAAACAUCCGGCAAGUCUUUCUUGGAGAAAAGUUUGGACCCAAAAAUCCAAGAAAAUUCCCAUAUGCAUUCCACUUGUUUCCGUGCAAAAUGUUGCCUUUCUCUAGUGACUUGAACUUCAAUCCCCUUCCAUCAAUCUCGCCAAUUUGAUCACGCACACAGAUGCCUAGAUUUGUGUCCGCAUAUUUCUCCUUCUACAAGUGGAGAUUCCACUCUACUAUGCAUUUUUCAUGGUGAAUUUUCAUUUGCCAUUCUUUUAACUUUCGCUGCAAUUUGAGAAAACAAGCAAGGAGAAGUGGAUUCUGCUCAUGGGUUCUAGAUUUUUCUACACUAUCAAAACCCAGUUUCAUUUUCUUCAUUCUGUAGGUUUUAUAAACGAUUUCGUGUAUGAUAGCAUGUAUAGGAUCCUUAGUUUUAUCUGUAGCUACACACUUUCUCUGUUUGGAUCAUUGUUCAGACACAUCUUCAGAUUUCAGGAAGGAAAAAGUCAGGACAAGUUUGAAUCCAAUUCUAAUGAGGUUUUUCAUCAACAAGAAGAUGAUCAAUUUGGUUCCUGUUGUGCUCAGCUUUCAGAGAUUAAAAAAAGCUACGGUGAAGGAGAGAAUUCUGUUGUUAUGGAGAGUGUCUUUCUGGCGAGCACUAAUAAGUAUGAGUUCUUGUCUGGGAAAGGCAUCUGCGGAUUCGUGGAAGAACCAGUAACCUUGAGCUUUACUGUCCAUGAACUGUUCCCGGAUUCAAAUAAUGAUGCUAUUAUUAAUACUCCAAUUGCUGAUACUGGAGAAUUUACUGACGAGGAUUUUCAGGACGUUGAAAUGGACGCAGAGCCAGAGGAUAAAGCAGAAAAAGCAGGGCCCUUCUUCAAAAGUUUUGUAAUUGAUGAAGCUUCAGAGGAGAAACAUGAACAAGAAACAUUGAUGGGGAAUAAGAAUCUUGAGGAAGAAGAGUUAAUUUCCGAUGAUAGAGUUACUGUUGACAGGGGUUUUGGAGAGCAUGAAUGGGAUGCAGAGAAAAAAGAAAACUCUGUCAAAAGUUUGGCCAUUGAAGAGGCUUCGGAGAAGCCAGAACCGGAAACAUCCACCGAGGCAAACAGUUCCGAUGAGCCAGAAGUGGAUGCUUUAGACACGAACUCUGAACUUUUGGUUAAUGGAAAUGACGGGGAAGUAUUUGAAUCUGAAGUAGCAGUUUCCGUCGGAGUUAGACCUGAAAGUAGUGUGUUGGUGGAUGAGGAGAAGACAGAACAUAAUAGAGAAAUAGAGGCUGUUUCAAUGAGAGACCAAUUCACCGACUCCGAUGAUGAAUAUAUAGAAAUAAAGCUCCAAUUGGAUAAGGAAAUGCUGUCUAAAGAGGAUUUAAGCAACGCUGUUGACAAAGAAGAAGAGCAAAAAUUAGUCCAUGAUACGGCAGAACUGGAAUUUGAUUCUAGCUUCCAUGAGCAGAAGUCCUCAGACUCGCAUGUUCAAAACGAUACAGAUUACAUGUAUGAGGACCAGGACAUAAUAGAACAGCUAAAAAUGGGGCUCAAACUAGCAAGAACUGGGGGUCUUCCAACUAUUCUUGAAGAAUCAGAAUCUGAAGAAUUGGAAAUUCCGAAGCCAGUACAUGAACUAAGGCCAAUGAAGGUUGAAGACCAGAAGUUCGAGCACAAAGAUCUCCUGGAGGAGAUUCGAAAGAUUUACAAGAGCUACUUGGACAAAAUGCGCAAAUUAGAUGUCUUGAACUUCCAGACCAUGCAUUCGCUUAGCCUACUGCAGAUGAAAGACACAGUUCAGUUUCAGACAGCUCGGAAAUCUUCAACCAUCUCUCUCCUUUCCCAGAACUUAUUAUCAUGCAGAGGGACUGCCGUAAUUGAUCCAAUGGAAAAAGUUAUUGCAGAUAUGCAGAGUGAUCUUGAAACCAUAUAUGUCGGACAGCUUUGCCUUUCCUGGGAAAUACUCCUCUGGCAAUACCGGAAAGCCCAAGAAUUGCAGAAAUAUGACUCUCAAGGAUCCCAUCAAUAUAAUCAAGUAGCCGAUGAGUUUCAGCUAUUUCAAGUCCUGGUACAAAGAUUUCUUGAGAAUGAACAGUUUCAAGGUCCCAGGGUCUUGAAUUAUGUCAAGAGCAGAUGUAUCCUUCGUAGUCUUCUUCAAGUUCCUCUGGUUAAAGAAGAUAGUUUCAAGGACAAGUGUAAAGGAGGAGAUGAAAAUGAAGAUGCAAUCACAAGCCAAAUGCUAAUAGAAACCAUUGAACAAUCAAUGCGGGAUUUCUGGGAAUUCCUUCGUGCCGAUAAAGAAGAAAGCAGUCUGAUCUUACGAGGUCAUCAAAAAACCAAUGUUAAUCUCCAAGACCAUGUAGAUUCAGAGCUUUUGACAGAUAUUCGAACCGAUUUUCAGAAGAAGGAUAAAAAGCUUAAAGACAUAUUGAGAAGUGGAAGUUGCAUAAUGAAGAGGUUCAAAAGGCAAAAAGAAGAGGUAGUGCAUCACAUUCAGACAUUGUUCAUAGCUCAGGUGGAACUGAAAUUGAUCUCUAGAGUUCUAAACAUGUCCAAAUUAACAACAGAUCAAUUGAUAUGGUGUCAUGAAAAAUUAGACAAAAUUAACCUAUGUAAUAGAAAAGUUUUUGUAGAAUCCUCAUUCUUGCUCUUCCCAUGCUGACAAGUUGAGCAGUCAGACUCAGACCGCCACUUUUCUUGCAGUAGAUAAUUGCUUUUCAAGAUGGUUUAUGUAUAUUAUCAUAUACAUGUAAAGUUAUUAGUGUCAUGUUACACUUGUUUCCUAAAGCCAAAGUUAAUGGAAGCAAAUUUUCCUCUCUUUUUCAAGCA